CUUGUCACUGGAUAGUGAUGGGAAUACUGACAAUAGUGACAGUGACUCUGAAAACAAUAACACAGUUACCACUAACAUGGAUUUUCAGAAGAAAAGAGACUCUAACCCAUGGCAGCCACAUUUCCCCAUCACUAUCAAGUCUACCAAAGAGGUUGCAGGAUACAACACAAUUAGUGAAGCCUUUCGAAGAUUAGAUUUCAGAAAUGCUGUUAAGGAUAUCCGGAGAUUUAAUUAUAUCUGUAAGCUUAUACACCUUAUCAUUAGCCAAAACUUGACCACACUAAGUGGUUGUGCAACUAAAGUACUCUUUGCUUUGUUGGAGGAAGUAGCUGGCCAAGUUGCUAGCAACCAACAGAACAUACAUAUGCUUCAAGCAAUUUUACAAGACCUGAAGAAAACCAUGAGAAAGUACUACUGUUGGGGUCGUCCUCUGGGAAGCACUCUUCUCUGGGAGCAGCAUCUUCAGACUAUUGAGCGUAUAUGUAUGUUUGCUAGUAGCAUAGAAAUCAAAGAACCCAAAGAUGAUGGCAGCCUAAAGCUAACACACCUGCCUGCUGAACUGAUUCGAGAGAUCCUACUUCGUCUUUGCGACUACCGAGACCUUAUUAGUUCAGGACAAGCUUAUGAUGUAAUGCAGGCUAUGAUCAACGAGCAACAUAUCUGGCGUCAACUGUGCUGUUUUCACUUUACUCGACAGCAGGUUCGUCAUGCUAUUGAAUCCUUUAAAACUAAAUCGGGAAGACCAAUGAGAGUUGACUGGCAAGAAGUAUUUCACCGAUUACGAAAAGUCUUUGGCUUGAAGGAGGAAUAUGCCGAUUCUCUCUUUCUGUGUCGACACUGCCGCUGUCUGUUUUGGAAGUCUUUUGGACAUCCCUGUGUUCAUACGACACGACAACAACUAAAUGAAGAGGAGAUAGUUGGCAACAAGGAGACUGUCGAUUAUAAAGUUGUCGUCCCAGAGUGUAUUCCAGUGCAGCCUCAGGCUUUCCUGAAAUUCUUCUCUCUGUGACGUCACAGCCGAACCUUCUGUUAAUGUGAUGUAGCCUGUGAUUGAAACACUCUUCAUACUUCAGUUCCUCUUCUUAUGACCUACAGGGCCUGCAGGCUGGGCCUUAGUGUAAAUAGUGUCCCGUGGAAAUUAUAGCCACCAGCCAUGAGAAGGGAUAGCUUUUAUUUUUUUAAAUUGAUUUGAUGAAUAAGUACUCAGCUAAAGGUUAUAAAGAUUUGCUGGGUAAAGCUCCAUGAGUUAAACUACACAAACAGUUACUGAACAUUUUAGAUGCUCAUGUUUAACAAUUAUCUUAAAGUACAUUUCUUAUUUGUACCAACAAUUUCCAACUGAAGGAAGCAUUUAUUUAUACAAUAAAUAAUAAACUUGAAAAUACUUUGUUACAUAUAAAAAAGCAACAAAAAAAAACAAUUUCUAUUUUCAUUGUUCCUGGGAUCUAAAUAGGAUGAUAGUUGCACUAGUAGGUCUCCAGAUCUUACCUCCAUUCCCUGCUCCCAAACACAAAACAAAUAACAUUUUGGUUUCGAUAUUUUUUUUAAUUGCAGUGCUGAAUUUACUGACUAAUAAAAUACCAUAAUCGAAUUUUAAUAUCACGUCUUUGAAACAUUUCAUUUUUAGGAAAGAAUCGUUCAAAUUACCCUUGUAAUAUUCACAAAAAUAAAUAUGGAAUUUAUAAAUGACCCCUCCCCCCUCAUCAGAUUCCAAAAAUAUUUGUGACAUACAUUUUGUUAUCUUCAUAUAAUCUCUGUAUAUCUUGAUUAGAAAUGUACAGCUUCAUAAUAGAUUCUAAGAGGUUCUCUGAAUGUUGUUACUGUUCAGUUAGAUACCCUUUCUACAUCAAAUAUUCUGAUAAAACAACCCGGAUUCUGUGUUAUAAAUCAACGUAAUAUUACUUCAGGACCAUUUAACUAAUUUUAAGCCUUAUAGACGUCAAAAGAAUUUGAUGUUUUUUUUCUUUUGUUUUAAAUAUAGAGCACAAGUUCUUGUAAGUAUUUACCUGUAAACAUAGGUAUAUACAAACACUGAGAAGAAACUUUGGGAAGUGUUAUCACACCUUUUUAAACAGUGUUAAUAAGUAAAUCCCUGUUACACAAUUGGUGAUAAAAAACAAAACCCAUUUACACGCAUUUAAUGUGUACUGCUUGGAGUUUGAAUGUAAUGUGAUUUGUUGACCUUUGAGAUCAGAGUUCUUGUGAGCUGGGGCUCUUGUAUUAUUGAAUGAAAUAAU